UCGUGAUGUCAAACUCACAUAACACUGAAUAUGAAAAAUGCACUACAAACAUCAUUCACCUUGAGUCAAACAUCCAAGUACCAGAGCAGCAGCGGGAGGCUAUGCCAAUGGUGGUCGAGCAGAGCAAUAAUUCUUACGACAGCCAUGACUCCGGUGAAGAGGAGGAGUUUGUAAGCGCAAGCGAUGAAAACCAAAUUCUCACUGACGAGGAGAUCGUACCAGACGUACAAGAGCAAGAAAGCAACGCACCUCGACGAGGACCCAGCAGACCAAAAAUUAUUCGCAGUGGUAAGUCCGGUAGACCCAGAAAACAAUACAACAGCCUCAGUUACAUUGAAGACAUUGAGACGCCACAGUGCGUUGGAGACGCUUUACGGGGCGAGCAUGCCCAGGACUGGAAGACGUCAAUGCAGAAAGAAUAUGAUGCUCUCAUUUCAAAUAACACAUGGACAUUGUGUGAUUUACCUCCAGAACAAAAGGCCAUUGGAUCCAAGUGGGUCUUUCGCGUCAAAAAGGAUAAAUAGGGAAAUAUACAAAAGUUUAAAUCAAGACUUGUUGCUCAAGGUUGUGGGCAACAGAUGGGCGUCAACUAUUCGAAAACGUUUUCUCCAGUAAUCCGCUACGAAACCAUCAGAAUACUAUUCGCUAUAGCAGCAGAAAGACAUCUAUGCAUGCAUCUGGUUGACAUAUCAAACGCAUAUUUAAACGGCAGACUUCAAGAAGAAGUGUAAAUGAGGCAACCACAAAACUUCAUUAAUGAGAAGAAUCCAAACAAAGUAUUAAAGCUUCAAAAGGCGAUCUACGGACUUAAACAGUCAGGGCGUGUCUGGAAUGACACUUUGGAAGAAGUUUUGAAGAGAAUUGGUUUCAAGCGCAGCAAAAAUGAGGCGUGCCUG